AUGGCGGAAGCUGAUAACGAGCAUGUCUCCCCCUUUGCACCACUCAUGGUUGAGCUGGCUCGUAUGAGGAACAGAACACUCAAGACCGUGGUCGAUGAUGUAGAUCAAGUCAUUGACCUUCUUACUAAUGCUCGCGAGAAGAUUGCUCAAGAGCAAGACGCGAACCGAACUGGCAUAGCCAUGACGACGCUACAAAAUCCAGUCAAAGCCCGCCUCGAACGAAUCAAUGUUGACCUAAAGGAUAUUACCAAGGCGCAGAAGUCCUUCGGAAAGGCCCUCGAUAAGGCUCUUCCCCACCGAGAACUCCCUAUGGAGACCGAUGCCAUGGCGGACCACCCGCGACUCAUCAACCGUGCGAUAGCCAUGCAUCUUCUUCGCGAAGGUCAAUUUUCUGUCGCCUCGACGUUUCUCAAAGAAGCUACAGACCACCCUCCUGGCCGCGAAGUGCACACCAUUUCACAAACAGACGAGGAUGGCGACGAUGAUAUGGAUAGCGAGGAUGACUUAGAAGAUGAAAUGGCGGGUCUACACUCAGAACAUUUGCAAAACAAGUUUGCAGAAAUGUAUAGCAUCCUUUCUCAGCUCAAGGACCAUAAUCUCCUACCCGCCAUCAACUGGGCCCAUGCAAACGGCGUCCAUCUUGAGGCCAGGGGAAGCACACUCGAGUUUGAGCUUAUCAAGCUCCAAUAUGUCUGGCUAUUCAAAGGCCCUUCUGUUAACGGUCUCCCCGACGAACCCGCGACUAACGGCCUAGGAGGAGCGAUUAACUAUGCUCGCCAGAACUUCCCUCGUUUCCAGAACCGUCAUUUGCUAGAGAUACAACAGCUCUCCAGCGCUGUGGUCUUCGCCCCUAACCUGGCCAAAUCUCCUUACAGCCAUAUAUUCGAGACAGAUUCAGCGUUCGAGGACGUAGCCAUGUCGUUCACUCGCGAAUUCUGUUCACUGCUUGGCCUAUCGGCGGAGUCACCCCUCUAUAUCGCCGUCACAGCAGGCUCCAUCGCUCUUCCGCGUCUCAUCAAAUACACGACUUAUAUGCGGGAGAAGAAGACAGAAUGGACGACAGAGAACGAACUUGCCUUUGCGACACCUCUGCCUGAGUUUAUGGUUUAUCAUCCCAUCUUUGUCUGCCCCGUAAGCAAAGAGCAGACCACCCAAGACAAUCCUCCCAUGAUGCUCAGUUGCGGUCACGUUCUCUGCCGUGAAUCUCUCAACAACAUAGCGAAAGCAACACGGUACAAGUGUCCCUACUGCCCGACAGAAGGCCACCUUAAGGAUGCCAUUCAGAUCAGACUAUAA